UUGGUCUUGGCGGUCAUGAUCCUUGGGUUCAAGUUCGGCCUGCUCUUCCUCAUUCUUUUUCUUUGGCGGGUGGCUACUAGGCUGCGCCGUUCACCCACGUCUAAUGUUUCCCGUUUGAAAGCGCACCCACUUCCAACUAAAGAGGAAUUGGAGGCGGUUUCCUAUUCAGAUAUCGACUUGCUUGCAACAAUUCCGCCCGCAACUCACUCAAGAUAUGUAGUCAUCGGUGGCUCCGGUUUUUUGGGAACCUACAUUGUCCGUUUGCUCAUCAUGCGUGGCGAGACCAACAUCCAAAUUCUUGAUGUCAAUCCACCUCCAGUCGCUAUAGGCAACGACCCGUCCGUCUCCUUCAUCAAGACCGACAUCACCUCCCUUGAUUCUCUCCGCCAAGCUAUGCCUGCUGAGCACAAUUCCCCCACCGUUAUCUUCCAUGUCGCCGCCACGAUAAGAUUCUGGGAACGUGCCGAAUAUUGUUUUAGUGCCUCCCACCAUAUCAAUGUACUCGGUACAAAGAAUGUGCUCCAGCUUGCUCAAGAGCUCUCGAAUUCAAUGAUGAUUUAUACCUCAUCCAUUGACACAGUCCUGCCAAUGCCCAAGUUCCUGCGAGCGGACUGGGAUGUUUUCCCUGCUAUAAUCGACGAUGACACUCCCGUGCCAACCCACAUUCAUGAAGGUUGCUAUGCACGCUCAAAGCGUAUGGCCGAGCAGUUAGUCGUCGAGGCUUCCAUAAAUCAGGGACUGAAGACUGGGAUUUUGCGGCCAGGAGGAACCAUUCUUGGGCCAAAUGAUCGUCUUGUGAGCAGCACACUCACCAUGUCACAGGUUCCGAUAUGGGAUGAACCUUGGACCGGAAUCCACAUAUGUGCCUGGGAUGCAGCCGCAGCUCAUUUGUUGCUCGAAGAUGCUUUGAAUUGCAUUCCAGAGCAGGUUUCUGGCCAAGGCUUCGCAAUCACCGGCCGAGGCCCACCGUGGAGUAUGGAAAACAUCAGAAAAGUUAUUCAGCACUAUGCGACCCGUGACCUAACCUUUAUUACAAUUCCGCCACUAUGGAUUUAUCUCAUGGCUCAUAUCAUGGAAUCUUUUCUCUUUCUGCGCUAUUUUAUACUGCUACCUCUGGCUUCAAUGAUGGGUCAGAAGCCUAGCUUGACACCACGAUGGCUUGGUGCAGCAGUCUUUCUGCAACCUUCCACUCUCGAUGUACAGCUGAUAGAUGUAGCUAUCGAUGACUCCCGUGCCAGGAAGCUUCUCCGGUAUAGACCUCAGUGGGACAUCUUACAAGCCAUACGUUACUCUGUGGAUGAAAUCCAAUCUGGAACAGUCGCUGCGGAGCAUGGUCUUCGAGUGUACUAA